AUGGCUGGUCUCCUCGGCGGUCUCGACAACGUCCUGACGGGCGGCGAGAAGGAGCAGGGCCAGGGCGGCCUCGUCGGCGGCCUCGGCGGCGCCGUCGGCAACACGACCCAGGGUCUCGGCAAGGGCCUGAACGGAAUCACAUCAGGCGUCGGCAGUGCCGUCGGCCAGACAACUGAGGGCGUCGGCAACGCUGCCGGCGGCGUCGGAAAGGGUGUUGGAGGUGCUGUUGGCGGUAUUGGCAGCAGCGUCGGCGGCGCUGCUGGUGGUGCUGGUGGUGCUGGUGGCCAGGGCGGCGCUUCAAAGCAGGGCGGUGGCUUCAAGGGCUACGGUAUCUAA